AUGACAUCCAGCGACGCUGACCAGCGACAAUAUCCCGCAUACGAACUACUACAUAAUGAAGUUGACGAGCUUGACCCCGAGAUAUUAUCAAGUGUACCUUAUGCCGCGACGAGGCAUGAUGUUGAAGAUCAUGAAGAUAUGGAAUCACAUGCUGUAUCACCUUCUUCGAACACGUCAGACGAGAAUGAAGCAUCAAACUCCCGUCCGACCUCACCCUCCCCGACAUUAGGAAAACCUCCCCACUACAGAUCCGAGAAACCGGAAAGCAUUGAAUCAGUAUCAGACGGGCCCUAUACAUCCAGCUGGUUUGCCUUGGAGCUCACAGGCAUCAUUGUUUCAGCGGGUCUCCUAGCUGCGAUAGUCAUCAUUCUGAAGAUGUACGAUCAUCAACCUCAACCGAAAUGGUGGCACAUCUCCCUGAAUUCGGUCAUCUCCUUUCUCAGCACACUUUCCAGAGCCAGCCUCAUGUUUUCUGUCGGGGAGUUGAUAGGACAGCUAAAGUGGUCCUUCGACUCAGCCAGCCGGGGUGCUUUGGGAAGCCUAACGCUGAUAUGGGCCAUGCGUGUCCGGCAUUUUGCAGGGGUUGGUGCUUUGGCCAUGGUUCUUGCCUUGGGAUUUGAUCCCUUUUCGCAACUGCUGAUACAUACUUAUGAUAACCUGGUUGUAGACCCAUCAGGGACUGCACUGAUCGAAGUAACGGUUGCAUACGUUGACCCUGUGCUCAAAGCGAAUGUCUACAAUUCGCUCUUCAACACCGAUCCGAGCCGGCCGUGGGCCAUUCUGCAAUACUACUGCUCCUCAACCAACUUCAACUGCUCUACCUUUUCUAAUGCAUCAGCAUACGCAGGAGAGAGUAACUGUACUGUCACACUACCGAAAAGCGGGCUCUCGGCCUGGUAUAUGCCAGACGAUUACUCAUUUAGCACCUUUUCAAUGACCCCAAUCUCCACUUAUGAUGCGGUGGUUUAUACCAAUGCUACAUUGAUUGCAAUUCAAUACAUGGCCCCUCGGGCCAACCUGGAGCUGCUCAACGAUUCCCCUAUGACGAAUGGCACACAGUGGGAAGCUACAGAGUGUUCUCUGGAGCCCAUCGUGCGCAGCUUUCGUCCUACAGUCUACCAGAACAACUACAGUGAUAAGACGCGGGCGAUCUGGUUUCAGUAUAAUUGGACUUCCACUAAUAAUGUCCAUCAGUCUGCAGGAUUGAAUCUCACCCCUGACUCUUGGGGUUCCGAUCUUGGUGUGCACAAAACCCCGCAAUCUUUCAUACUUAGUGGUGAUGCCAAACAGUGGAUAUAUCCCUUCCUAACCGCCAUUUUCUCGGGUCAGGCGACUAGGUCCGGAUCGGAAAUAUAUUUCGACCCGCUGGAUAAAGGCUGUGAGAUCCUUUCCGAUCGACUGUCCUGCGCGAUGGACAACGUGGCUGCGGCGAUGUCAAAAACCUUCCGAGAUGUGGCUUACGUCGUCAAUCCCGCAUCGGCUGCCAUGACGACGGGUAGGGCGAAAGUCAGUGAGGUCUAUAUCGUAGUGUACUGGGCUUAUCUGGCCUUGCCCGUUCUUGUCUGGACUUUAGGGGCUAUCCUGGUGUUCGGCACGCUUUGGAAGACUCGCCGCGCUCGUGUGCCCGCUUGGAGAAAUGAUACGCUGCCAUUGCUGUUCUUGUAUCGGGAUCAAAGUGAGGGUAUGGAGUCAUUGCAGGGAAGCGAGACUGUGCAAGCAAGCGGUCAUGAGAUGGUAAGGUUGUACACUGACGAGAGUCGAGUCUUCCUUGUUCGGUGUACGGAUACCGAUUCCAUACGUCCUUGAGUGGCUGCUGCUUUUUAUCCGGAAAAAUUCUCAACUAUCCCAAUAUUGGACCAUAUUAGCAAAUAGAC